UUUACCUUCCAUUUGGGUGGAAAGUCAUGAGUAGGUCAACAUCAUGGUGCUGCACCACAAUGAUUUCAAGACUUGCAGCUUUGUUUCUGCUUAGUGGAGAGUCUCUGAUUUGCACUGCAGAGGCUCCUGUCCUGGUCUCUGUGACUGUGGUCAAACCAGGAGACAAUGUGAAUUUAACAUGUACAGUCUCGAGUGACAAGCAAGUAUUUAACUGGUAUAAACAGCCUCCUGGACACAUGCUGCAUACAGUUGUUUCAAGAAUAUUGAAAAAGGAAAUUGAACAAUUCAUUGAUGAACGUUUCACCUUCACAAAAGUGGAUAAUCAGUAUUUUCUCACCAUCGUAAAUGUGAGCAAAGAGGAUGAAGCGACAUACUUCUGUCAAAGCGGAACAAUGUAUAAAUAUACAUUUGUCAGUGGCACAUUCUUGGCUGUGAACGAUGAGAAUCCAGAAAAGGUGUCCGGCCGCCCAGGACAACAGGCGACUCUGCAGUGUUCCCUCGUUUCCAAGAGAAAAGGAAACACAGUCCAGUGUCCUGGCAGAGACAGUGUUUCCUUGUUCAGAGCCGGCUCAGGAUCAGGACUCUCCCGUCCCAACUUCAUUUACGUUCACGAGAACUCUGACGAUGAUGAUGGGACGCACCGCUGUGCUGUGCUCACGUGUGGAAACAUCUUGUUUGGUGAAGAGACCAAAGUGGAGACAAGGAAUCUUUGCGACCUAACUGUCCCCGUGCUUGGUGUGCUGUUGGCCUGCUGCGUCGCUGUGAUUGUUGCCCUUGGUUUCUUUGUAAUAAGGAACCAACGUAACGUUUGCAAACACUGUAAAGGACGGCGAAUCAGUGAACUAUGCGGCGCUGGACUUCACUGCAAGGAAAGUGAAGAGAGUGAAGGAGAAGAGAGAAUCUCCACCGGAGUGUUUGUACUCUGCUGUGGAACGCAGGUCUCAAUAAAAACAUCAAUCAAGCUGCUGCAGCUCAUCCAGAAUGCUGCUGCCAGAGUCCUGACCAACAGCAAGGAAAUGGAUCAUAUCACACCUGUCCUUAAAUCACUGCACUGUCUCCCUGUGUGUCAAAGGAUCGAGUUUAAAACCCUGUUACUGGCCGACCAGUCACUGAAUGGUCUUGGGCCCAAAUACAUGUCACAGCUGCUUGUUGGAUAUGAAGCAUCCAGACCCCUCAGGUCAUCAGGGACAGAUUUCCUCAGCGUCCUCACGGUCAGAACCAAGCAGGACGAAGCUGCGUCCUCACCUGUGGAACAAGCUCCCUGAACACCUGAGGUGUGCACAAACUGUCAGCUUGUUUCAGUCAGGGUUGAAAACGUUAUUGUUUACUGCAGCUUUCUGAUAUUGACCAUUUUAAUCACUUUAAAUUUCACAUCUGCUUGUUUAAUGAUUUUAAAUUACAUUCCAAAGUUUUAUUAAUUUUAAGUUAACAGAUGAUUUGUCUGUUUGGUGUUUCUCUGAGUUAAAGGGGGACUGAUUAGAUGAAAUGGGAAGAACAGGUGUAAGCCCUGUGACUUAUUUCAUUUUCACAUCAAGGACAAAUAAGGGAGGGCAGACACAGAACAGAUGAAAGAUUCUUUGUCUGCUUGAUUUAAAUGGUUUUUAUUUCUAAUUUAUUUACUUGCUUGUGUAAAGCACUAUGAAUUGCCUUGUGUAAGAAUGGCACUAUUACAAAUAAACUUGCCUUGCCUUUAAA